ACGUAUGAGUUCGACCUGGUUAAUCUCGGUCUUACGCUAGUGGAUUCUCUUGAUACAAUGUGGUUAAUGGGUCUGAAUGAAGAGUUUAAGGAAGCUCGGGAUUGGGUAGAGAAUGAAAUGGUCGUCGCUCAGAACAAGGACGUGAAUCUGUUUGAGACUACGAUAAGGGUUUUGGGAGGAUUGCUGAGUGCAUAUCAUUUGACAAAAGAUCACAUGUUUUUAGAAAAAGCUACUGAUCUUGGUGACAGGUUAUUGCAUGCUUUUGCUACUUCUUCCCACAUUCCUUACUCUGACGUCAAUCUUUAUACUUUGAAGGCUCACGCUCCGAAAUGGGGUCCUGAUAGUUCUGUCUCUGAGGUCACUUCAAUACAGCUUGAGUUUCGUGACCUUUCCCAGUUGACAGGCAAUAAGGUAUAUCAGGAAACUGCAGAUAGAUCAUUAGACAAAGUCCAGGUUAGUAGAAUGAAUGUAUACAUGUACUUUUAUUCUUUUAUGCUGAUGAUCUUUUUGUUGCUUAAGUACAGCAGUACUUUAAGUUCUGUAGUCAUUACUUUGUCUAUACUGGUUUCAGUGAUUUUAGUGAAGGAUCUUUAAAGCACUAAAUUAAAGUGUUUAGUAGCGUUGGUGACUAAAAUGUAAUAAAAAGUGGACCUGUACAUAUUAUCAUGUAGCAUAUUACAUCAUACGUGCAAGUGUUUAUCUUAUACUGUAUAGUGGGAAACUUUGGAG